AUGUUUCCUAAGGCCAAGAUAAAGAGGUUCAACGAGGAAGUAGGUUGUGCUCCUCCUCCAACAAAAUACAACCCAAAAAUUGACAAGAACACGGGUGCAGCAGUGACCCUAACCAGAUCUGAGAGGUGGAAGGAUAGUAAAGAGGUCACACCAGGGCCAGGAGCUUAUUGCACUCAGAGUAACUCCCCCAGCCAGAAGAGGUCUACGUCGUCAUCCCGUCUCAAUUCAUCAACAUGUUCCAGCAGUUCAUCAGUGUCAGGAGGCGGGGUGUUUCUCAGUCCACCAAAACACACAAGACUUUCCCGCUCUGCUUCUGCAAAGUCUGUACAGGGCCGACUAGGGGACAGAGAUUCUCGAGGGGACGAGCUACAAGAGCAAAUUCGAGAACUUACGCAGGAAAGAGAUAGAAUGAAGGUUCUUAUAUCCCAACUAGAAGAUCAGCUGGUGACAUUAAAUAAUAGAAUUACUGCAAGCGAAAUAAAGGAAGCUGAAUGUGAAAAACUAAAAGAAGAGAGAAGUGAACUGGAGUUGAAAAUUUCAAAACUUCAUGAAAGUGAGGAGGAGGUCUUGCAGUUAAAACAACAAAAUGAGGAACUGAAAGUGCUUUUAGAAAGCGGUAGUGGAGAUAAAGGAGAAGUUAUGGAAUUAAAUGAUCAGAUUCAGUUAAUCAGAGAAGAAUUGACUGAAUCUCAGCUUAUGAUAUCACGUUUGACAGAUGAACGGUCAGGUCUCCAACUACAAUUGAGGCAGCUAGAGGAGUCUGCAGAACAGAAAUCUCUCACUGAAGAUGAAGUUCAAAACCUCAAGGAGCAGAUAGACCACCUGACUCUCUUGAGGGAUAACCUUGAAGCAUCUGUCAUGGUAAAGGAUGACUUGAUAGCAGAACUACAACUACAGUUAGAUGAAGUGGUGGUUGAAGGGCAGAGUUUCCAUGACCAGAUGGAGCUUUAUAAGGCAAAGGCAGAGCAACUGGAAGAAGAGGUCCAAAACAGCUUUGUUGAACGUGAUGAUGCAGAAAAUCGGGUACGCAACAUUGUAGCCAAAUAUGAAGCACUGAUUAAGGACCAGAUGGAAGAGAAAGAGAUGAACAAAGAAAUACUUGCCAAGAAAGAUAUUGAAAUUGAACUUUUGAAUGGUAGCCUUGCUAACCUCAAUAUAAAGGUUACAGAAUAUGAAAACACCAUUUCUUCCUUGCAAGAAGAAAUUAGUGAAAGAAAGAGCAAGAUUUCCUGCCUUGAAACUACUGUCUCUGACCUAAGUAUGAUGACAAAGGAGAAGGAAUUCAUGGAAUCUAUGUUAGAAGAGGAACUUAAUCAAAGAGCACAAGAGGUAAAUAAACUAGAACAAAGUAUUCGAGAAGUUGAGACAAAACUUGGUGAAGUUAACAAAGAGAAGGAGAGUGUGGUGGCAACUCUGGAGACUGAAAGGAAACGAACAGCAGAGCUAAAUGAGAGGAUUCAGCACCUUGAAGUGCAGAUAAAGGAAAAAGAGGUGGUGCAGCAGUUCCUAGAAAAAGAAAUUGCAUCACGAGAAGCAGAGGUUUCAGAGUCAUCUGCAAAAAUUAAAACGUUGGAAGAGGAUCUUGAAACAGCCCGUCAAGUAGCUCUUGACCUCCAGCAAGAUGCAGAAGUUCAACUCAAUCAAGUACUUACACUGAAGUUCAACUCAAUCAAGCUUACAUAUUAUGAUAUUGAGGCCAAAGAGGAGCUUAUUACAACACUGAAGAAUGAGGUGAGUCAGAAGCUCAAUGAAACCAGCAUUUUACAAGGGCAAGUAGAGCAACAAAGUGAUGUAUCCGCUAAAAUUGAGGAGCAGUUAAAAGCCAAGGAAACACAGAUUCAGAAGUUAGAUGAAGAGUUAACUUCUGUGAAAGCUGCUCUUCUGUCACGUGAAGAAUCCUUAGCAAACUUGGAAAGUAAAGCAACUCAGCUGGAAGAUAAUAAUCAUCAAUUAGAAGAGAAGGUGGUGGAACUCAUGGCUGAGAUUAGUGACAGGGAGGCUGAACAUAUAGCAAGGGUGAAUCGGAUACAAAAUGACCUUGACGAUUUGGGUAUAAAAUAUUCAGAAUCUUUGUUGGAACAUGAGGCUACACGCAGAGCCCUUACCCAAACUUCAGAAGAGCUGGAAAGGGAGAAUCUUCUUCGUAUGGCUUCUGAGAGAGAUAUCCAGACCUUAAAAGAAGAACUUGGCCAUUACAAAGAAGAACAUAAAACUAUGGAACUCAACUUAAAGGAUCUGGUGCAAAAGUAUACCAACUUGGAAGAUGCUCUUGCCUGUGAGGAGGCUGAAAAUAGAGAUCUGGAGGACCGGUUAGAGCGAGAGGUCAAAAAUGCCCAAGAGGCUGCAGCAACAGCUGAGAAGGAAAUUUCCACCCUUCAAACUUCAAAUGAAGGCUUUUGCACACAGAUUACUCAGCUAAAGAUUGACAUGAGGAAGAAAUCUCAAGCAGUAGUGGAAAUGCAACAGUGCAUUGAAGCUUUACGGGAGGAAAAGCAGCACCUAACAACACUUCGUGACAAUCUGGAAUCUACAGUAGAAACAAAGGAAGACUGCAUUGCUCAGUUACAUCUUCAAGUGUCAACUCUUGAGAGAGAAAUGGAAGAGGAGCGAGUAACUUUGAGGUCAAGAAUUGCUGACCUAGAGAACCACUUGAAGGAGACUGAAGACCACCUCAAUAAUUAUAAAACAAAGGUAAUAGACUUGGAAGAUCAAGUAUCUUACCUUGAGGAUGAGAAGAUGAAACUGACCAAGUCCUAUGAGAAACAGCUAGAAGAAAAAUCCUCUUCAGCAACCCAGGCUGCUACAGAAUUAGUGGAGUUAAAGAAAACUUAUGAAGGGUAUGAAGACCAACUGAAGAAUCUUCAGACUUCACUUGUGGAAAAGACCAGCGAGGUAGAUGAACUGAAAGAGAAGUAUUUUGUGGCAAGUCGAACAUUAGAAUCCCACCAAGAAGAAAUAAAGGCUUUAGAAACCAGUUUGGGCAGAUCCAAGCAGGAAGUUGAAGGCAUGAAUAAAACAUUGUCAUCAAAGGACACUAUGUUAGAUGAUCUUAACACUACCUUGGGCAGCAAACGUGAAGAAAUUCAGUCACUAUAUAAGAGCCUUGAGGAGAAACAGUCAGCACUUGUGAAAUGCGAGACUCGUAUUCAACAACUGGAAGAGAACGAGGAGAAACUUGCUCAAGACAAAGAAGAGGCUGCUCUUACUAUAUCAACCCUUAAGGAGUCCCUUGAUAACACCAAAAAACGUUUAUCAAGAUUGGAGAUUGUACACAAAGAGGAGAAGGAAGCUGAAGUGUCAAGGAUAACUUCUACUUUAGAAGGUGAUGUAAAAGAACUGAGAGAUACAAAUGCAGAACUCCUUGAAGAGUUGAAUUCCUGGAAAAGCAAGUUCCAACAUCUUGAGAAGAUGAUUGAACCAUUCAGAGAACAAUUAGAUGCCUAUGAGGUGGAAAAGGCUAGUCUACUGUCUCGCAGCUCGGCAGCAAAGGAGGAGGUUGAUAAGCUAAGCAAGCAAUAUGCCACACUUCUAGGUCACCAGAAUCACAAACAGAAGAUCCAGCAUGUCCUUAAGCUCAAAACUGAGAAUAACGAAUUGCGCGAGGAAGUGUUCAAGCUACGUCAAGAAACAGAACGUCAGCGAAAGACUGUCAAGAGAUUAGAAGAAAAGAUGUUACGAUUGAGUGGAUCAACAAGUCGCCUCAAUGAUACAUCUAGGAUGUUGGGAGAUAAGGAGAACUCAUUUUAUGCCGGGGCAGGAGCUCCAGCUAUGUCAUCUACACCUCUUAAACCUAGUAAUAAACCUCAGCGCCUUUGAGCAUAGACAGCUAUUUAAAUUAUGCUUUUUAGCUGUUAUUAAGUUCUUGCCAUAUUCAGAAUCAAAGGAUAUCCAGAUGUCUUGACUCAUCACAUCACAUAUGUGUCUUCAUUAUCUGUCAUGUUUAUGUUCUACAACAUAAAAUAUAUCUUUUAUGUUAUUGUAAUGCACAUGCAGCAAGCAAUUUUAAUUGAAUAUUACAUUUUGUUGAAUAGCAGUAGGGUCUUUUAGUUAUUUUUAUGUAGAUAAAAUGAACCAGUUGUGCAAAUAACAUAAUAUGCCAUUUGUAAAUAGUCUUCACACUACACAUCAUAACCAUUGUAAGUGAGUCCGGUGUUCAUGUUUUGCAUCUCAGUGAUUUUAUUCUUCUCCUUCAUGGAAACUUUUAAACCUUUGAGUUUGAAUUUUGGGCAAUGGUCCCAAUGUACCAAAGUACAAUUUUUAAAUAAAAAUCAAAGUACC